AUGUCGGCAAGAUCAUACAAGAUCGCAGUCAUCCCUGGCGAUGGAAUCGGCCAAGAGGUGAUGCCAUGUGGCCUGCAGGCGCUGCAAGCGGCAUCAGAGCGCUUCGGCUUCUCGCUGGAGCUGACGACGUUCGACUUUGCCUCGUGCGACUACUACGACAAGCACGGCAAGAUGAUGCCUGACAACUGGAUCGAGCUGCUGCAGCCGUUCGAUGCCAUCUUCUUUGGCGCAGUCGGCGAUCCGAACCGCCACCCGGACCACGUGACGCUGUGGGGUUCGCUGCUGCAGAUGCGUCGACACUUUGACCAGUACGUCAACCUGCGUCCGUGUCGGCUCGUCAAGGGAGUGCCCAGUCCGCUUGCCCAGCCGGGCAAUAUCGACUUUUGGAUCGUGCGCGAAAACACCGAGGGCGAAUACUCGGAGGUGGGCGGAAAGAUCUUCGAGGGUACCGACCGCGAGACGGUGAUCCAAGAGACGAUCAUGACUCGCAUCGGCGUGGACAGGAUCCUCAAGUAUGCGUUUGACCUGGCAAAGACAACAAGGAGGAAGAAGCUCACCAGUGCAACCAAGUCGAACGGCAUCAAGAUCACCAUGCCCUACUGGGAUUCGCGCUUCAAACUCAUGGCCAAGGAGUACCCGGACGUCAAGACGGAGCAGUUCCACAUCGACAUUCUGUCGGCGCACUUUGUGCAGAAGCCGAGCUACUUUGAUGUGGUGGUGGGAUCCAAUUUGCACGGCGAUAUCUUGUCUGACCUUGGCCCGGCAGUCACGGGUACGAUCGGCAUUGCUCCUUCGGGCAACAUCAAUCCAGAGCGCAAGUUCCCCAGCCUUUUCGAGCCGGUCCAUGGUUCGGCGCCGGAUAUUAUGGGCAAAGGCAUUGCAAACCCCGUCGGCAUGAUCUGGGCGGGCCAGAUGAUGCUGCUCCAUCUCGGAGAGAACGAGGCGGCAGCAGCUGUGCUGAGGGCCAUCGACGCUGUGCUUGGCACUUCGGACUCGAGCAUCCUCACUCCAGACAUGAAGGGUAACGGAACCACACAAAAACUCGGCGACGCCAUCGCAAAAGCUGUCUCUUCUGUCUAA